AUGCCACUGACAGGGGACGGCACUUGGGCGAGACUAGAGCCAAUAACGACACAGGAGCAGGAGCCGAUACAAAGGAGGAAGAAACAGGCACCAAGACAAAGAAGAGAUCACUCUGAGCAAUGGGGACAAGAUCGGGUACCAUCGGAGUUAAAUGAAAGGGCCGCAUAUUGUGCACGUCAAGGAAUGCUGGCAAGGCAAACGAGACAGACUACUACACAAACGCAACUGUCUGAGUUAAGAGCAGAGAUAGCGCCACUCAGAUCCAACAACGUCGCUGCGGCUGUUGCAACUGAAGGAUCAUCUACACAGAUAGUGCGAGUGACAAUUGGGAAUCGAUUGAAUCAUUCAUUGAUAAACCCAAACCAAACACAAAGUUUUGGAAUUCCCCUAUGGGAUAGCCCCUUUGACGAAAUGAGACACGUCGGUAUUGAAUCCAAAAUAUUAUUCAAGUUACUAUUCGAUUCUAGAACGCCAACCGAACAAGAACUCGCAACCUGCCUUCAGGUUGAUAUGACCAGCAAAUUACCGUGGAACCCAGGCACUGUCCAACUUGGAAAGGUCUCAGUGGCUCACAAAGAUCCUGAAGAUCACGUAGACGACCCAAGAUCCAAUGAAGCAGAACUGAGACUGUUGGAUCCAAUCAUGCAAGGAAUGAAGAAAUGGUGCAAGCGGCAAUAG